GAGCAGCUGUAAAAGCGGCAGCCAUUUUUAACGGAUCCUUUCUAACCUGGACCUGGAAGCUUGAACUGCUGCAGUCUGUGAUUCGCUAACCUGUUAAAGAUGUGCAGGCAACCAGAGGACAACAACUUGUGGGACGAUCAUCUGGAAGUUCCUGACGCGGCGCUUCCAGUUGAUCCUGACCCGGAGCCCCAGCUCUGGAUAGAGGAUGAGGGUAAUUUAAAUCUGUUUACUAUGACAGUAGCGUACCCCGUUCUCAGUGAGGAUGGUAAUGAGGAGGUAGAAUUCAGAGAAAUAGUGGUGGAGUUAGAGUAUGAUGAGGAGCAGGUAGACAUAGAAGCGUUGGUGCUGGAGUGUAACGAGGAGGGAGAGAUCGUAGGCAUGGACUUGGUGCGGAGGCAGGAGGUAGACGUAAUAGUGGAGGAGGAGGAUGAGGAGGAGUUAGAUACUUAUGAUGAUAAUUUUAGGGCAGUUUUUGGUGAGUCUCCUGACACCACAACCUCUGAGGAAGAAGAUCAUGAUGAAGACGAUGGCCACCUUCCCCAACAUCUUCAGUUCACCCAGAGGAUUCCCUCCGACUUCAGCCUUCCAUGGAACCACGAGGAGGCAGAGGAGUCCCUGGAGUGCCCAGAAGACCGCGUCUCCAGGAGGAGAAGAAGAGAGGAAGACCAUGAAGAGGAGCUCCCUGCGAAGAGGCCUUGUCGUGACAGGGAUGUUUAGGAGGACGAAUUUCACCUAGAUAUAAUUUAUUGUUUGUUUUCAUAUCUGGCAGGUCUAGGGAUGCCUUAGGUAGCGUCUUGCACCGUGGCUUUUCUUUACCCCGCUGCUAGAUUU